ACAGGGCUGCAUGAUUUGUUCCUGCUCAGGAAGUCGUCUGUUCACCCAGGAGCUGGGGCGAGAAGGAAGAAAUUGAUCUCUGCCAGGCUGUGCAGCUGGUGGGCGGGGGCAUUUCAGAGUCAUCCCCCACACCGCUGCGCCGAGGAGCUAGGGGGCUUUAUCUGCCACCCCUUAGCCUUCGAGGACAGUUUAAGGUUGGACCUGAGCCCACAUUCUUGGCUGCCUGCCCAGGCACCAAGGGAAGUUGCAGCAGGGCCCGGAUGGACUGGCAGCUUCAGCCCAGCCCUGCUUCCGGCAGGUCAGAAGCCAGGGACAAAAACAGGGAAGACAGGAGGUCAUGGAGACUCGCAGCUCCUGAGAAAAGGAUGCUACAGCUGAGCCUGCCCUGGCUUGGCCUGGGGCCCGUGGCUGCCUCCCUAUGGCAUCUCCUGCUGCUUGGUGGGGCCUCCUGGAUUCUAGCCCGAAUUCUGGCCUGGAUCUAUGCCUUCCACGACUACUGCUGCCGCCUUCGCUGCUUCCCGCAGCCCCCUAAACCAAACUGGUUUUGGGGUCAUUUGGCCAUGAUGACGAACAGUGAGGAAAGCAUGCAGUUCAUUGCACGCUUGGGCCACUACUUCCGGGAUACCCAUCUCUUUUGGAUUGGACCUGUCUACCCUGUCCUGCGGCUCAUCCACCCUAAGUUCAUUGCUCCCCUGCUUCAAGCCUCAGCUGCUGUCGCACCCAAGGAAAUGACUCUCUAUGGCUUCCUGAAGCCCUGGCUAGGGGACGGGCUCCUGCUGAGUGCUGGUAAGAAGUGGAGUCACCACAGACGCCUGCUGACACCGGCCUUUCACUUCGACAUCCUGAAGCCCUACGUGAAGAUUUUUAACAAGAGUGUGAACAUCAUGCACGCCAAGUGGCAGUGCCUGGCCUCCGAGGGCAGCGCCCGUCUGGACAUGUUUGAACACAUCAGCCUCAUGACUUUGGACAGUCUGCAGAAAUGCAUCUUCAGCUUCGACAGCAACUGUCAGGAGUCCCCCAGUGAAUACAUUGCAGCCAUCUUGGAGCUCAGUGCCCUCGUAGUAAAAAGGUCCCAGCAGCUCCUCCUGUAUUCGGACUUCCUGUACUACCUCACUGCUGAUGGGCGGCGCUUCCGCAAAGCCUGUGACCUGGUGCACAACUUCACAGAUGCUGUCAUCAGGGAGAGACGCCGCACCCUCAAUAACCAGGGUGUUGAUGCAUUCCUCAAGGCCAAGGCUAAGACUAAAACUUUAGACUUCAUUGAUGUGCUCUUGCUGGCCAAGGAUGAACAUGGAAAGGAGCUGUCAGAUGAGGACAUUCGAGCAGAGGCUGACACCUUCAUGUUUGGAGGCCAUGACACCACAGCCAGUGCGCUCUCCUGGAUCCUAUACAACCUGGCGAGGCACCCGGAAUACCAGGAGCGCUGCCGGCAGGAGGUGCAGGAGCUCCUGAGGGACCACAACCCUGAGGAGAUUGAAUGGGACGACCUGGCCCAGCUGCCCUUCCUGACCAUGUGCAUCAAGGAGAGUCUGCGGCUGCACCCCCCAGUCUCAAUAAUCUCCCGGCGCUGCACCCACGACGUUGAGCUGCCAGAUGGCCGGGUCAUCCCCAAAGGGACCGUCUGUGUCGUCAGCAUUUUCGGGGUUCACCACAACCCUUCAGUCUGGCCAGACCCUGAGGUCUAUGACCCCUUUAGAUUUGACCCUGAAAACAUCAAAGACAGGUCACCUCUGGCAUUCAUUCCCUUCUCAGCGGGCCCCAGGAACUGCAUAGGACAGACUUUCGCCAUGAGCGAGAUGAAGGUGGCGCUGGCGCUGACGCUGCUGCGCUUCCGCGUCCUGCCGGACGACAAGGAGCCGCGCCGGAAGCCGGAGCUGAUCCUGCGCGCAGAGGGCGGGCUGUGGCUGCGGGUGGAGCCGCUGAGCGCGCAGUGACCCCAUGCCUGGCCUGGGACCUCACAGCUCCUUGGAUCUCUACAUAAACGGAGCUGCCUCCUGUGCCAGAAAUGGCAAGGAGCGCCAGCCCAGAAUAGGGUCUCCAUGCGGAUGGGCAUUCCCCUGGAGCUCACGCCUAGAUUUUUAUCUUGUGAGAGCCACUGCAGGUGUUUGAACGGGAGAAGGUUUUCCUGUGGAUUCGUGGCUCUGUGGUCAUUGAGGCAAAUCCUUAAAUUCACCUUUAUUUUAUUUUCGUCAAACUUAGAGCUAUCCUCCUUGCUUUUGUCCUUAAGGUGCUGCACUUAAAGGAGUGGAACACUAUGAAGGGGUAAUGGUAGAAUCUGAAGAUUGUUCCUUAAGCAAGGGGAACCUUGGAACCCCUGAGGAUGGUUUUAUAUAACUUUCAGGGCUUGUGAUGGAUAGAGCAGCUAAAAUUUACGUGAAAUCACAGUAACACUCCCCAACUUCCUUUCGCCUUUUCUGCAACAGAGCUCUUAUCCCUUGCGCUUCCCUCUUCCUGCCGGAGGCUGUCACAUAAUUUCCUUAUUGAAUAAGUUCUGGGCUUUGACUUUCCCUCUCCCAUCAUGAGACCAUUAAAACUGAGUUUCAGACUUCGAAGCCAGCCUGGUUUACCAAGCGAGUUCCAGGAUGACCAAGGCUAUACAGAAAAACCCUGUUGUUGUAGAGUAUUAGUAUUUACUAUUGAUACAUCUUUUAGUUAAGCAGCAGUUAUUCCUAAACAGCUGUAUAACCAAAUCACCGCACAGAGACUGGGAUUUAUUUAAUUAAUCUAGAGCACAAUGCGGGGCAAUAGUUACUCCAUCCUAAACCUCCAAGCCCACAUAGUUUCCUACCAUUCAGAUUCACCCAUUAUACUUGAUUUAGUGAUAUCUUAUGUCCGGUUCAUUUCUCCACAUGGUUCCAAGACCUCUCCUACUGAUUCUCCUCUCCUCCUCUCUCCUGCUUCCUUCCUCCUUCUCCCACUCUGGACCAGGAUGUCCCACCCUAUUCUCAGCAUUGCUCAGCAAUGUGGCUGGCUGUUUUAAUAGACAAUAUAGAGAACAAAUGGUGGCAUGUUUACAAAAACUUGAGACAGGUGAUGCUUAGAAUAAGCAUCACAAUGCAAUGUCCAGAUUGAAACCAGGUAGUGGGGAAGAGAAAUCAGCAUUUGAAUGAACAAGGGUAAAUUGUAAACAUUCCAAAAGAACAUUAUACCAACACCCUAUCUCAAACAAACAAACAAAACCAAAAAACUUAUUUUUAACUGGGCAUGGUUCUGCAUCUCUACUCCCAGUAUUGGGAGGCUGAAGCAGACAGAUGUUGGAAACCGAAGGCUGAAGUCAGUCUAUGCUACACAGUGAAACAGUGUCUCAAAGUGGGGUGCAGGGAUGUUGGCAGAAGGCUUGCCUAUCCUGCAGGAAGGGUAGGCAUCCCCGUGAUCUGGGCAUGGUGGUACAAGCCUAAAAUCUAUCACUUGGGAGUCGGAAGGAGGAGGGUCAGAAAUCCAAGGUCAUCCUUAUCUACACAACAAGUUACAAGCCCUCCUGGUAUGCAUGAGGCCCUGCCUCAAAAACAUUACUUAUUAUUAUCUCAUGUGGGGGUGGCAUAUAUGCCUCAGUGUGUGUGUGAAGGUCAGAGGACAACUUGUGGGAAUGGGUUCUCUUUUAUUGUACUGCAGAGACUCCUGGAUUGAAUGCAGGCCCUCAGGUUUGGCGUUUACUAUUCAGCUGCCUCACAGCCCCUCAAGUAAGAUUUUACAUGCCCUUAGUAUACUGGUGUCUCCAUUCUUUGAUGUGUUGGGAUAAUAAUUACCUUUGAUUUUAUGGUUUUCAGACCAUAGUUAUCCAUAUCAGAUAUUACAUAGCAUAAAAGAUCAUAAACUUUGAGCAAAUAAAGGGGACAGGUGUACUUUGGGACAUAUUCCCUUGGUAAUGUUUUUUGUCCUUUGUUUGGGAGAAGAAUAAAAAAUGGGUAUUUUGGUAGUUACUGGGUGGACUGUUUCAGGGACUGCAACUGUUAGUUUUUGGCCACCAUACUCAUUAUUGCCUUUAUUUACUUGUUUGUUUGAAUUUAUAAUGUAGUUACAACAUUUAUCUUUUCCCUUUCCUCUUUUCAAACCCUGCCAUAUCCUUUCCUACUCUCCUUUAUAUUCAUGGCCUCUUAUUUCAUUGUUACUGUAUGAUUUCCUAAAUAUGAAUAUGAAUUCCUAAGUAGGAAUAUAGAUAUAUUCCUAAAUAUACUUGUGUGUUUUCAAGGCUGACCAUUUAUUUAUGCCAGAUUUAGUGAUGUAAACCUUUAAUCUUAGCACUCAGGAAACUGAGGCAAGUGGAUCUUUGUGAAUCAAGGCUAGCCUUGUCUAGCCUGGUCUAUACAGCAAGUUCCAGGACAGCCAGGACCAUGCAGUGGGACCCUGUCUCAAAAAAUAAUGUUUUAAAAUUUUAUGUGUUAUGUGUUUCCUUGUAUGAGUGUUCUCCGUACAUGAGUAUAGGUGAGCACAGAGUCCAGAAGAGGGUAUUAGUCCUGAGAACAGAAUGCUGAUCCUCUGCUGUAGCAGCAAGUGCUCUUAACUGCUGAGCUGUCUUUCCAGCCCCAUGAUUCCCACAACUGUGGAGUCUGUUUUGAGGGGGGAAAUAGGGAUUCUUCAAUUAUAUUUUUAUUUUCAAAUAAUUUUUGGCUAUUCUAUGCCUUUGGGGUUUUCACAUACAUUUCACAAUCGGGUGAAUGGCAGUGGACAUCUUUCAUCCUAGCACCCAGGAAGCAGAGCCAGGUGGAUCUGCCAAGUUCCAUGCCAUUUUGACCAAAUGGUGAGACCCCCGUCUCAAAAUUAAUCAAUUACUUUCAUAAUCAGUGUGUCUAUUUCUACAAAGAAUGCUGCUCCAAUUUUGUUAAAACUCCUUUAAAUCAAGCCAGGUGUGGUGGCACACUCCUGUAAUCCCACACCAGGGAGGCAGACACAGGUGGUUUGCUGUGAGUUCCAGGCCAGUCUGGUCUACAAAGUGAGUUUAGAAUAGCCAAGGAUACACAGAGAGACCCUGUCUAAAGGAAAAAACAUUUAAAUCAAUAGGCCAAUUUGAAGAGAAUGCAUUUUAACAUUGUUGAGUCAUCCUUUCCAUGAACAUUGUAUGUCUCUCCAUGUAUUUGGAUCUCCUUGAAUUCGCUCAUCAGUGCCUUAAGGUUUUUAUUGUAGAUAUCUUGCACAUAUUUAGUAAACAUUUUGUAAAUACA